AUGCAACAGGCACCCUCGGACUGCGUUGCCAGCUUCAAGCUGAUCCUGGUCGGCGACGGUGGCACGGGUAAGACGACUUUCGUGAAGCGUCACCUGACCGGCGAGUUCGAGAAGCGCUACGUCGCCACCGUUGGCGUCGAUGUGCACCCGCUGACCUUCCACACGAACCGUGGCAAGAUCUGCUUCAACUGCUGGGAUACUGCCGGCCAGGAGAAGUUCGGUGGUCUGCGCGAUGGCUACUACGUGGAAGGCCAGUGCGCCAUCAUCAUGUUUGAUGUCACGAGCCGCAACACGUACAAGAACGUGCCGAACUGGUACCGCGACAUCACACGCGUGUGCGACAACAUUCCCAUCGUCUUGGUAGGCAACAAGGUAGACUGCGCGGACCGUCAGGUGAAGGCGAAGAUGAUCACCUUCCACCGCAAGAAGGGCCUGCAGUACUACGAUAUCUCGGCCAAGUCGAACUACAACUUUGAGAAGCCGUUCGUGUGGCUGGCGAAGAAGCUCGCCAACGAUCCCGAGCUGAUGCUGGUGGAGGUGCCGAUGCUGGACACAGAUGUGGUUGCUCUUACGGCAGAGCAGGUGGCCGCGCUGGAGGCGGAGCAGCAGGCCAUGGCGAACGCGCCGCUGCCCAUGGGCGAUGACGAGUGA